ACUUCAUAAAACGGUGCCGUUUAGUUACCGCCUUAUUGGAGCAAUUAUAAAAGCGGUCCCUGGAUUUUUUUUUUUUUUUUUUUGUCUUCUUCCUUGUGGCCUGAGAGAAGUCGAAGCUUAGCGAUUGUACAACCAUGGCGACGGCUUCAGCUGCUUUCAAGUCUAGGGAAGACCAUAGGAAGCAAAUUGAAUUAGAGGAAGCUCGUAAAGCCGGGCUUGCACCAGCUGAGCUAGAUGAGGAUGGUAAAGAAAUCAAUCCUCACAUUCCUCAGUAUAUGUCAUCUGCUCCUUGGUAUCUCAACGCUGAAAAGCCCAGUCUUAAGCAUCAAAGGAACUGGAAGAGUGAUCCCAAUUACACUAAGUCGUGGUAUGACAGAGGUGCUAAGAUCUUCCAAGCCGAAAAAUACCGCAAGGGAGCUUGUCAGAAUUGUGGUGCAAUGACGCAUACUGCAAAGGCGUGUAUGGAUAGACCUCGCAAGAUUGGAGCAAAGUACACGAACAAGAACAUUGCACCUGAUGAGAAAAUCGAGAGCUUUGAGCUCGACUAUGAUGGCAAGAGGGACCGAUGGAAUGGGUACGAUCCUUCAACCUAUCAUCGUGUGGUAGACCUUUAUGAAGCAAAAGAGGAUGCGCGAAAGAAGUAUCUCAAGGAGCAGCAGAUUAAGAAACUAGAGGAGAAGAACAAUAACCAGGAAGGUGAUGAUGCAGCAACCAGUGAUGGGGACGAAGAAGAUGAUGAUGACUUGAAGGUCGAUGAAGCUAAGGUUGAUGAGAGCAGGCAGAUGGACUUUGCAAAGGUUGAAAAACGUGUUCGAACUACUGGUGGUGGUAGCACAGGAACUGUUAGGAAUCUGCGUAUCAGAGAAGACACAGCGAAAUACCUGUUGAACCUUGAUAUCAAUUCGGCUCAUUAUGACCCUAAAACACGAUCCAUGCGUGAAGACCCACUUCCAGAUGCAGAUCCGAAUGAUAAAUUUUAUUUGGGAGAUAAUCAGUAUAGAAACAGUGGACAAGCUCUAGAGUUCAAACAGAUGAACAUCCACUCAUGGGAAGCAUUUGACAAGGGACAGGACAUGCAUAUGCAAGCGGCUCCAUCCCAAGCUGAGUUGCUAUACAAGAACUUCAAGGUCGCGAAGGACAAACUGAAGACUCAGACAAAGGACACAAUCAUGGAGAAGUAUGGGAAUGCUUCUACAGAAGAUGAAAUUCCAAUGGAGCUUUUGCUUGGGCAGAGUGAAAGACAAGUUGAGUAUGACCGAGCAGGGAGGAUUAUAAAGGGACAGGAGGUUAUACUGCCAAAGAGCAAAUACGAAGAAGAUGUUCUUGCUAACAAUCACACAAGCGUUUGGGGCUCAUGGUGGAAAGACCAUCAAUGGGGAUAUAGAUGUUGCCAGCAGACAAUUCGCAAUAGUUACUGCACAGGCUCUGCUGGUAUUGAGGCCGCGGAGGCAUCCCUUGAUCUGAUGAAGGCUAACAUUGCUCGCAAAGAAGCCUGUGAAGAGAGCCCAAAGAAGGUUGAAGAGAAGAGAAUGGCCGCAUGGGGAUCUGAUGUUCCUGAAGAUUUGGAGUUGAACGAGGAGGCACUUGCUAAUGCUCUUAAAAAGGAGGAUGAGCGUAAGAGGGAAGAAAAAGAUGAGAGGAAACGCAAAUACAAUGUCAAAUACACCAACGAUGUGACUCCGGAAGAGAUGGAAGCUUAUAGAAUGAAGAGAGUUCACCACGAAGACCCAAUGAAAGAUUUCCUCUGAGAAAAAUAGUCUCUCUAUUUUCUUCCUUUUACCAUUUCAGUCUGAAGAAACCUUGUGCGUUUUAUGUAAUGACGUCAUCGUUAACUAGCAACAUCUUGUAGUAAGCAAUAACAUGCGAUCACUAGACAUGGACCAUAUGACUCUUUGUUGGUUUGUGGUAUUACUUGCUUAUAGAUUAGCAGUCAUGUUGCUCAUAAAAGAUAGAGAAAUGAACUUUCUUCUUUUUUGAGCAA